AUGAAAUAUGGAAGAUUUCAUUUUAAUUUAAUUCCUUUAAAUGAUUAUUCAAGAAAGUUCUUUCCUAAUAUUGAAACAUUUCAUAUUUAUAAUAAAUAUGAUGAAAGAGUUAAAGAUGGGAGAAUCAUUGCAUCAAUUAAUAUUCAAACAAUAGUCAUGAAUAUAUGGAAUUAUUUUUGUGAAUAUAUAGCAUUUAAAUUAAUAAAUAAUCAAUUAAUAGUACACGGUAUUGAUUAA